AUGACUAAAGUUCGUGUGGGGGCUGUCCAAGCUGAACCCUCCUGGGUAGAUCUGGCUGGCAGCGUUGCAAAGACUAUUGCAUUGAUUCAGGAAGCUGGAGCGAAGGGCAUCAAUGUCCUCGGUUUUCCUGAAGUGUGGAUUCCCGGGUAUCUGUGUCGCCCCACUUGCGGUAGGACAAUGUGGACGGGCAGUGUUGUGGACAAUAUGGAGCUCAUGCACCAGUACAUGGCUAAUUCACUAGCCCGCAACUCCGCAGAAAUGGAUGCAAUUCGUCAGGCUGUGAGAGACGCGGGUAUUUUUAUUGUGCUCGGCUACAGCGAACGCGACGGUGGAAGUUUAUACAUGGCCCAGUCUUUCAUCGACCCCGCCGGUGAAAUUGUUCAUCACCGACGUAAAAUUAAACCCACUCAUGUCGAACGGUCUAUAUGGGGCGAAGGCCAGGCGGAGUCCCUCCACACUGUGGUGGAUUCUCCAUUCGGUCGCAUUGGAGGCCUGAACUGUUGGGAACAUCUGCAGCCACUCCUGCGGUUCUAUGAGUACUCCCAGGGAGUUCAGAUCCAUAUUGCAAGCUGGCCAGCGGAGUUCCCCGAGCCGAAGGGGAUGAAAUGGCCUUUCCAUGAGACGGACGUGGCCAGCCGAAAUGCUAGCCAAUUCUUCGCUAUUGAGGGCCAGGCGUUUGUGCUGGUCUGCACGCAGGUGGUCAAGAAAGAAAGUCUUCAGAAACAAAAUCUGAUAGAAGGAGGAAUUAUUCAAACGCCAAGUGGGGGUUUCUCUAUGAUUUUUGGGCCAGACGGAGCCGCUCUCGUAGAGGCACCUCCCGCCGGUGAAGAAUGUAUUCUGCAAGCCGAUAUUGACCUCCAAGAUAUCGACUAUGCUAAGGCAAUGAUUGAUACUGUUGGCCACUAUUCUCGCCCAGACCUUCUGUCGUUGCAAGUAAACACUGAGGCAGCCAAGUGUGUGCGGAUUACAGGGGAAAAUAGCAAAGAGAAGAACUAG